UUCGUCCAGGAUCCUGAAGUGACACUCGUUGUGUAAAUGUGUGUAAAGAACACACACUUUUCAGCCGAAUCUACACACAAUGGAGGAUGUUUCUGAUCUGAGGCAAAACCCAAAGUGGAGUCAAGAAGUUUCAACAGCCAAUUUGAAUUUUUUCACAAUCUGACCAAAGGUAAGUGAGACCUGCGAACAGUGAGAAUGUCUUCCUCUCCUGGCAUCAGGGCUCGGGAGAAUGUGGACAUGAUGUACAUCUCCAUUGAGACGGCUAUUGCCCUGGCCUCUGUGCUGGGGAACGUGCUGGUGGUGCUGGUGGUGUGUGUGAACCGGGCUCUCCGCGACACCACGUUCUCCUUCAUCGUGUCUCUGGCGGUGGCUGACAUCGCCGUUGGAGUUCUGGUCAUCCCCCUGGCCAUCAUCAUCAGCCUGGGAUUUAACACUGAGUUUUACACCUGCCUCUUCCUCUCCUGCCUGCUGCUCAUCAUCACCCAGAGCUCCAUCCUCUCGCUGCUGGCCAUCGCCAUCGACAGAUAUCUCAGAGUCAAGAUUCCCAUCAGGUACAACACCAUCGUGACCCAGGGGAGAGCCUAUGUGGCAGUCUGUCUGUGCUGGAUCCUCUCCUUCCUCACUGGGUUGGUUCCAAUGAUUGGCUGGAAUAACCGUGAAGCCCAAGGGAACCUCAGCACUUCCAGCCAAAUUGUGUGCGAGUUCACCACGGUCAUGAGGAUGGACUACAUGGUGUACUUCAAUUUCUUUGGCUGGGUGGUGGUACCGCUGACCAUAAUGAUCACCCUGUAUGCCGAGAUCUUCCGGGUGAUCCGGCAGCAGCUGAACCGACGUGCGGAGGCCACCUGCGAUGGAGAGCGGUACUACCGGAAGGAGCUGAGGCUGGCCAAAUCUCUGGCCUUGGUGGUCUUCCUCUUUGCCGUGUGUUGGCUGCCGAUACACAUCAUGAACUGCAUCGCCUUCUUCUGCCCAAAGUGUGACAUACCCAAGUCUGCCAUGUACGUGGGGAUUUUCAUGUCCCACGUGAACUCAGCCCUCAACCCAAUGGUGUAUGCGUUCCGGAUAAAGCGGUUCCGAAUGACACUGGUGCAGAUCACCCGGCGCUGCAUGCUGUGUAAACCUGCAGAGCCCACCCCGUGCCCCAACAGAUCUCCAGCCCUGACGAAGAAAGUGGAUGCAAACCUGUAG